GCCCGCAGCGGAAUUAGAUUUUGGAAAAGCAUGUUCUGGGCUGCUUCUGCUUUUUGGUUCAGAUUUUGGCAGCGGACUUCUGGAAACGGAUUCUGCUUGGUUCGGCCUUUGGAAUGAGAUAACUCUUGAUUUCCCUUCUCGCCUGUCUUCGUCUAUCUCCCUCUGCUCUCCUCACCUACCCCGAUUUCCCUUCCCCUGUGGAUCCUCUCUUGGGUUCAUCGGCCGUCACACCAAGCAAGGAUGACUACUUCAAGGCGUCUUGCUGACAGGAAGAGUGCGAAGUUUCAGAAGAACGUCACAAAGAGGGGCUCAGUGCCUGAAACUACUGUGAAGAAGGGGAAUGACUAUCCUGUUGGACCUAUCGUGCUUGGAUUCUUCAUCUUUGUGGUCAUAGGAUCAUCCUUGUUUCAGAUUAUCAGGACGGCUACUAGUGGUGGGAUGGCUUAAUAUCAAGCUAAAAACAAGACGAUCAUUAUUAGAGAUUAUUAUCCAUGUGUCUGGGAGGCAAUAUCAUAUCUGUACCCUGUAGCAAACUUCAAUCCUGCUGAUGAUAUGUAGAGAUUUAAAUCUUGUGCAGUCUGUGUUUACCUCCUGUUACUAAGAACCUAGUCUAAACUUAGAAACUAGAUGGUGCAAGUUGAAACUUUAAAAUUAUAUAAAACUUCAAAAAUCCAAGGUAAUAAUUUGUUUCUCUUUC